GUCAUGUCCAACUAAAGCUGAUCGUAAGGCGAUCCUAUCAUGGGGUUUUCUUGGCAAGUUUCUUCAGAAGGGGUUUACCAUUGCCAUCCUCUGAGGCUGAGAGAGUGUCACAAGGGGGAAACCAUGACCGAGCACGAAGACUUUGCCGGCUUUGUGGGACACUGGAACGCCUCGGACGCCUCCCAGUUCAGCCCGGCCAGCAUCAUCGUCCCGGUGGUCUUCUCCCUCAUCUUUCUGCUGGGCACCGUUGGCAACAGCUUGGUGCUGGCAGUGCUGCUGAGGAAUGGCCAGAUGGGCCACAACAGCACCAACCUCUUCAUCCUCAAUCUCAGCCUAGCUGACUUCUUCUUCAUCAUCUUCUGCGUCCCCUUCCAGGCCACCAUUUAUUCCUUGGAAGGCUGGGUUUUUGGGUCCUUCAUGUGCAAGACCGUCCACUUCUUCAUCUACCUCACCAUGUAUGCCAGCAGUUUCACCUUGGCGGCCGUCUCAGUGGACAGGUAUUUGGCCAUCCGUUACCCACUGCGAUCCCGGGAGUUACGGACCCCUUGCAAUGCGGUGGUGGCGAUGGCUGUCAUUUGGAGCCUGUCUGUGAUCUUUUCUGGGCCCUACCUGAGCUACUAUGACCUGAUUGAAUGGGAAUCCAGCUACAUUUGUGUCCCGGGAUGGGAGGAAUGGAAGCGCAAGAUCAUGGACACCAGCACCUUCGCCUUUGGCUACGUGAUCCCAGUGCUUAUUGUCAGUCUCUCCUACACCCGGACCAUUAAAUACCUGUGGACAGCUGUAGACCCGCUAGAGAAUAUGUCCGAGUCCAAGAAGGCCAAGCGCAAAGUGACCAAGAUGAUUAUCAUUGUGACUGUCCUCUUUUGCCUCUGCUGGCUGCCCUAUCAUGUGGUCAUCCUCCGCUACCUCUAUGGAGACUUCCCUUUCAACCAAACCACCUAUGCCUUCCGGCUGCUCUCCCAUUGCAUGGCUUACGCCAACUCUUGCCUCAACCCUAUCGUCUAUGCCCUGGUCUCCAAGCACUUCCGCAAAGGGUUCAAGAAGGUCUUCAGCUGCCUCCUGCGAAAGACGGCACGGAAUAGAGUCCAUGUCAUCCACGCGGCUCACACCAUGCCUGGCUUUGAGGCAGGCUCAACUGAAGUGUCUCAGAUGAACGAUGACAAUGGGCAGUUGAGUGGAUGUGAACUGGAUCCCAGAUCCCUCGUGGUCCCAUCAGGAUCCACCAGGCCUCUCCAUAUUUCGUAGACUGUGUGGAAGGAGAACUUGGACAAUCUCUUCCAACUCUAUGAUUCUAUGAAAUGGUCUGAAACACUUCUAUCAAGGCUGCUUGGGAGGUUGUUUCCUUGAGAGACUCUGCGCCACAGAUACCUUCACAGUUAUCUUCACUGAAGUUAGGGUUGCCAAGUCAAGCAUGUCCGAGGCCUUGAGAUUUCAGGGCCAAAACCGGACAUUUGGUGUCCUGUUGGUGUCCUCAAACAUGAUAUGUGGAGCAUGAACCA